AUGGCAGAACCUGAUUUCGACACGGUUCAUGACAUCAUCGCUCAAGCUGCCAACCGCUAUCCAUUACACGAGAUUUCUUUCAUAACCUCCUCCGCACAUGACUCCUCCAUUCAGACAAAGACUUUCAGCGCAUUCAACCAAUAUGUUCGUAACCUUGCACGCGCAAUGCUCGAGUGGGGAAAGCCUACUGGCUCAAUUAUUGUUGUAUACCUUACCGAACACGAAGAAAAUAUGGCUACCAUCUGGGCUUGUCUCAUGGCUGGCUAUAUCCCCUGCUUACAGCCCGUACUCAGUGCACAACAGGCGCACAAGGAGGCACAUGUUGCUCACAUCAAGAACCUGUUUGAAUCUGCAAUUUGGCUCACCAACGAGCUUGGUGCUGAACAGAUCAGUUCCAUUGACGGUCUGGAGGUUCACUUGUUCUCUGACCUGAAAGCUUCAGCAGAGACGUUCGCGGUCCCAGCUGACUGGGUUGCCUCCGAACCUAAGCCCGAUGAUCACGCAAUGCUCUUCCUGACUUCAGGUUCGACCGGGUUCUCAAAGGUGGUCGUGCACACGCACCGUACCAUUAUUGCUGCUUGCCGUGCCAAGGAGCUACGCUUUGGCCCGCCUUCUGAGUCUCGAGUCUUGAACUGGGUAGGAUUUGAUCACGUCGCAGGGUCUUUGGAAAUGCACGUUACACCUCUCCUAUAUGGUGCUUCGCAGGUCCAUGUGCAUGCAUCUGUUAUUUUGUCCGAUUCCGUUCGCAUGCUUCGUCUGAUCGAUGAAAAUUCCAUUGGUCUAGCUUUCGCACCAAACUUUCUGCUAGCCAAGCUCACUCGCGAUCUUGAAAAGCGUACUGACCUUUUCGGAUCUUUCGACCUAUCCUCCAUCAAGCGGAUCAUCAGCGGAGGUGAAGCAGUGGUUUCGAAGACCGCAAAAACCUUCGCUGCUACCAUGAAAAAGCUUAGCAAGAACCCCUCCGCAGUGUCCUUCAUAGUCUCUGCUGGAUUUGGAAUGACAGAAACUUGCGGUGGCUGCAUUUUUGAUCCAGUCGAUAUCUUUACAACCAAACCUACUCGCGAGUUCCUUGACCUUGGACGUCCCGUUAUUGGUUGCGAAAUGCGCAUCGUUGACCCUGUCGAUGGCAUUACUCCGCGCCCAGAUGGCGAGAGCGGUGAGCUUCAGGUUCGCGGACCGAUGCUUUUUGUAUGCUACUACAAAAACCCCGAGGCUACGUCCUCCAGCUUUAUCGAGGGUGGCUGGUACCGCACUGGUGAUGUAGGCAUCAUAGAAGGUGGCUCUAUGCGCCUUAUCGGUCGCAUCAAGGACACCGUCAUCAUCCAUGGUGUCACAUAUGGUAUCCCCGAGCUUGAAACUCAUCUCCAGACUUUGGAAGGCGUCACGCACUCCUUCCUCGCUGCUGCUCCAUACCGUAUUCCUGGCCAGGAAACCGAAGGGUUCGUCAUUUUCUACUCGCCAUCUUUCGACCUCGAUGGAGCAGACGCGCCCAUGAAACUCUUUGCCACGCACCGUGCUUUACGCGACAUCUCUGUCAAGAUGAUCACCCAGCCACCUCAAGUGAUUGUUCCCAUUCCUGUGAAGCAGAUGGAGAAGACAACCCUGGGGAAACUCUCCCGGUCUCGCCUCCUCAUCCUCCUUCAGAAAGGUGGGAUGGCGAAGCAUAUCGCCCGCGCUGACGAGCUUCUUAGCGAAGCACGAGGCGCUUCCUUCGUAGCCCCCUUCACAAAAACGGAAAAGGCUCUUGCCAAGAUGUAUGCAGGUAUCCUCAACCUCGCAGACAACGAAGUGUCAGCGAACGAUAACUUCUUUGAAUUCGGUGGUACAUCUAUCGGUGUUCUCAGGCUCAAGCGUGAGGGGGAGGCGUACUUUGGCCUGCCUGAAAUCCCCGCCAUACAAAUACUGAAGCACCCCGAUGUCUCGAGCCUGGCCAACUAUAUCGACUCCUUGCUCUCCAAAGACAGUCAAGCUGAGGAAUACGACCCCGCUGUUCCCCUCCAAGUGACCGGAGACAAGACACCCCUCUUCUUCGUGCACCCUGGAGUCGGAGAGGUUCUUGUUUUCCUCAAUCUUGCCAAGUACUUUCAGAAUGAGCGUCCAUUCUAUGGACUCCGUGCUCGUGGCUUUGAGCCUGGUCAGCCCUUCUUCACGUCCAUGGAUGAGAUGGUUUCCUGUUAUACCACAAGUAUCAGGAGGAUUCAGCCGGCGGGACCAUAUGCCAUUGCUGGCUACUGUUACGGUGGUCUGAUGGCAUUUGAAGUGGUCAAGCGCCUGGAGGCCAUGGGCGAAGAAGUCAAGUUUUUCGGUCUCGUCAACGUUCCUCCUUAUAUCGCCCAGCAAAUGCACGACAUCGACCUCAUGUGUACGCUCCACGUUGCGUUCUUCCUCGGUCUUAUAUCGAAGCAUGAUUCUGAAAGUAUGGUGCCCACUUUCAAACCGCUCACGCAGAAGGAGAGGCUUGAGAUCGUGUGGAAUAUGUCGCCUCCUGAACGUCUCGCCGAGCUCCAGCUGACACCUGAAACUCUUGAACACUGGAUCAAGGUCUCCGCGUCUCUCUUGCGCUGUGGAAAGGGAUACACCCCAUCGGGCACAGCUCCUGUCAUCGAUAUUUUCUACGCCGUCCCGCCUCGCGGCCCGGAUGACAAGGUCAACUGGCUCAAGGAGCUCAAGCCAUGGAGUGCUUUCAGUCGCAGCGACCCAAUAUUUACUGAUGUACCUGGAGAACACAACACGCUCAUGGACAUUGAUCAUGCCUCGCAGUUCCAGAAGCUCUUCCGCGGUCGUCUUGAGGAUCGUGGAGUGUAAUGUUUGUUGCGCCUUUUGGCGACAUGUACUUCUUUUCUGAUAAAUAUAUGUAGGAGUACUGUUUGUAUACGUGCCACCUCUGCGGCCUUUUCCAAAUGGUUAUAGGGUUUCAAAAUUUGCUGAUCAAUAUCGUACACAC